AUGACUUUGAAGAUAAUCAUCCCGUCUACAACAAUUGAUGUCAAAAACGAUAUAGAUAAAUUAGAGAAUUUGCCAAUUAGACAAAUAGUAUAUCAUGAUGAAAUUUUACAAGGAUACAUAAUAAAUUAUAAAGACAAUGACUCCAAACUGAAAAAAACUACGGUUUAUCUGUGCAUACUACCUCAAAAUUCAGAUUUCACAACAGAGUUAGUAAGUCAAGAGAACACUAGCGUCCACAAAUACACAUUUGACGAAAAUCAGGUAGUAUUUGAAAACAAUGAAAUUUUAGUAUGGCUUUUCAAAUUUCCAAUAUUACACCAAAGAAAGAAAAUAGCACAACCGAACUUGUAUAUAGCAUGUCAAUUGGAAGAAUCGACUGAACCUCAAGUGGUAGAUAUAACAAGGGCCGAAGAUUCCAUGGACUUACCAAAUUUUAUGCCAGUUUUCAAUGAUUUAAUGGUGUAUUCUGAUGUCUCAAUCAAUGAACAACCAAAUCAGAAUAGUUUGGAUACGACUAUAAAGAAAAAAGCGGAAGAUGAAAAAGAAAGAGUGAAAGAAGAAAUUGCAGUCAUCAACUUGCCAAUAAUUACGUCAUUAGUGAUCAAAUUGAAGACAACGAAACCAGCUGGUCGGAAUGCGAUUCUUUUAGCAGCAUUAAAUAUUGAAUGCUCUGAUGAUCUACUUCAUUUUUUGACGAAGGAAAAGUCAAUCGAUAAUACCUUGCAUGACAUAUAUUUUGAAAUAACGGAAUUAAAUUUGAUUUUUGAAAACUCAUUAAUUCAACCAACUACUCAAGUUGUUCCUACAAAAAUAAGAAUAAUGGAUUCAUUAAAUGUUAUUUACAGGCUAGUUUCCAACGCAUUGCCAAAUAAAUCCAGCUCAAAGCCCAUUUUUAUUAAAAUGUCAUUUAAGGUGCAAAAAGUGGUCAAUGGAGAAUUGAAAAGUAUCAGUAACCUAAUUGAAACUGAGUGGAACCCAUUCAUAGAUUUUGGAUUAAUUGCUCCACCAAUCAACAAUGCUUUGAAGACAAAUAACAAUGUAUCUCAAGUACAAUCUCAAGUCGGUGCUCUACCGAAUGGAACAAAUAUUAGACAAAAAGCAUUAUUGAAUAACAUAUACAAAUUGAGGAGUCCGAAUUCUUCAACCCACAGUGCAAAUAGUCUAACGCUAUCAUCUUCAUCUUCGACCAACAAUAGGAAAUCAAGCUCAGGGAUGCCCAGAAUAGCGUCCUCAGUUACUGUCAACUUGGCUACGAAUGUCAACUCAUCAUUAGCAGGUUUGAAAUUGACAUUUAUUGGUAAACUAGACAUUCAAGUGAAUCAGGUAACAAACUGGAAGAUUCAAGCUGUCAAUAAUUCACCAAAUAGAUUGAAUUUAUCAUUGUUAGUUCAAAAUGCUAUAAAUUUCAACCCAAUCUAUAGUACAAAUACAACUUCUACAAACAAUAUUUCAUCUUCAAAUCUACUAACAAUGAAUCAAAAUAGUAAAAGCACCUCGAAUAAUGAUGUUAUAAUACAAAAUAAAAAUCGAUCGUAUUCAUUAUACAAUUCAUUGAAAGCGAAUUAUGAAGAGGAAGGAGUAAUAAUUUUGAAUAAUGAUGUUAGGAUUGGACCAUUGGAACCUCAAACAGUUUUCGAAACAAAUAUACAAUUGAUAGGAAAUAGAAAGGGUAUUUUCAAUUUAGACGGGAUAAAGAUAUUUGAUAUCAAUACUGGUGACGGUAUAGAUUUUGGAAAAUUGAUAGAAGUUUUUGUAGUCUAG